AUUUUUUAGUUUUACUUGUUUUGAGUUUAACUUUUGAAGAAAUUAAAUUAAUUUCUAGUUGAUUUGUUUGAUUAUAAUUUGAACUUUGUAAGUUUGUUAAAUUAUCUGUUCUGUUAGUCACAAUGCAAAACGAUCAAGGAGAAUGUGUUGAUCUUUAUAUUCCAAGAAAAUGUUCAUCAUCAAAUAGGAUUAUCCAUGCUAAGGAUCAUGCCUCCAUCCAACUUAAUAUUGCCAAGGUUGAUGAAAGUGGUUUAAUGAUCCCUAAUCAAAGCUCCGUUUAUGCCAUUUGUGGAGAUCUUAGAAGAAUGGGAGAAUCAGAUGAUUGUCUUUUAAGGUUGGCCAAAAGAGAUGGAAUAAUACCCAAAGCUGUGUAAUUUAAAAUAAUUUUCUUGGUUAAGCUGUAUCAUUUCGUUACUUUCGUCAAACAAUGUCAAUUGUUACUGAAUCUACAGCCUAAAUCAAUAAAGAGAAUUCUAAAAAAAAGCUGAUUCUUAAAAACCGGA